AAAUCUAACGUUGAGCAACCCAACUCCAUCACAUCCAAUAGUCAAAAGAAAAAUGCAAAAGUUCUUCGCACUCUUGGCCCUUGCUGCCAUUCUUCUUUCUUCCGUGUCGGCACAGAAGUGUAACGAGUGUCAGAGCAGCAACGAUGCCAAAUGUGUGAGCCAGACUAAAUUCCAAAAUUGCAUGAACAAUGUUGCAUUUGGGGCAGAGGCAACAUGUCCCACUGGUACCGUUUGCAGCAACACCGACGAUGUCUGCGUGAAGAGUGAGUCUGUGGAUGGGACGAAAAUUCUGGACGUAUGUGGCUCAGGAAGUGAAUCGAGCUCCGGAAACGGUGAAAACUGUGCUGUCUGCGUGGGCAGUAACAAGUUCGCCUGUGUCAGCAAGACCGAGUUUGCCCGAUGUGUUGACCAAAAGGUUUCCACAACACCGUUCUCAUGUGGCACGGAUGAGACAUGUGUGACAGAGGCCCUCGCCUUGUUUGGCAACAUCUGUGUGCCUAGCUGUGCCUUCGCUUUUAUCGGAUUGACUGCGGAUAAUAUCACUUGCACCAACACAGUUUAUACGCCACCGACCGCACCAGCUGUUCCCACGCAAGAAGAGUUGAAGUUAGCCUGUUCAAAUGCUGGAGACACAAAUGCGAGUCUAUUCUUCGACAUAGACAAUACCGCCGACACCACAUGCAGCAGUUAUAUUUACUGCGAGAAAGUUUCUGAUUCGAAUUGGCUUGCCAUCUUAUACAGUUGCAAGUCUCCCACUCCAUACUACAGCAAGGCUGAUAAUAAGUGCAUCGCAACCAAACCUACCAGGUGUACUGCGAGUGCACCUGCAUAGAAACUGCAUAGGUUCAGUAGCUCCUCUCACACACUUAAAGAUUGUUACUUGUACAAGCUCUUAGCAAAACGCCACUAUUAUAUACACAGAUGUUUCCUACAGAAACGAAAUAAAUACCCUGAAAAAGUAA